CCCUGCCGGGGCUCUGCUACCUAGUUACUUUUCAUUUGGGGUGAUUGGCUGUUUCCGGGGGGGGUGGGGGGGAGAGGGGGAGUGGAGGAAAGACGAAGAGGAAAAGUGAAAAGAAGGGGGAAAAGGCAAAGGGAAGACAAGAAACUUAUUUAACAAGUUCAUCGCAGCUGCCUCCUCCCUUUCGAUGUGCGUUUUUGGACAUGCGGAGGCUUUUGGAACCGUGUUGGUGGAUCUUUUUCUUGAAAAUCACCAGCUCCGUGCUCCAUUAUGUCGUUUGUUUCCCGGCUUUGACAGAAGGCUAUGUUGGAGCUCUCCACGAAAACAGGCAUGGUAGCUCGGCACAAAUUCGACGGCGGAAAGCAUCCGGAGAUCCUUACUGGGCGUAUUCAGGCACCUACGGUCCUGAACACUGGGUUACAUCAAGUGUGAGUUGCGGUGGCCGUCACCAGUCCCCAAUAAAUAUUUUAGAUCAACAAGCGCGAGUUGGGGAUGAGUACCAGGAACUACAGCUGGAUGGUUUUGAUAAUGAAUCCUCUAACAAAACAUGGAUGAAAAACACAGGGAAAACAGUGGCCAUUCUUCUGAAAGAUGACUAUUUUAUCAGCGGUGCAGGACUGCCAGGCAGAUUCAAAGCGGAAAAAGUGGAAUUCCACUGGGGCCAUAGCAAUGGCUCUGCUGGAUCUGAGCACAGCAUCAACGGUAGAAGAUUUCCGGUCGAGAUGCAGAUUUAUUUUUACAAUCCCGAUGACUUCGACAGCUUUCAGACAGCAAUUUCAGAAAACCGAAUAAUAGGAGCCGUGGCUGUCUUUUUUCAAGUCAGUCAGAGGGACAACCCAGCACUGGAUCCCAUUAUCCAUGGAUUGAAGGGUGUCGUCCAUCAUGAGAAGGAAACCUUUCUGGAUCCUUUUGUUCUUCGGGAUCUCCUGCCAGCAUCCCUAGGAAGCUAUUACCGCUAUACCGGUUCCUUGACCACCCCGCCGUGUAGUGAAAUCGUUGAGUGGAUUGUUUUCCGGAGGCCUGUGCCCAUCUCUUACCAUCAGAUGGAAGCCUUCUAUUCCAUCUUUACUACGGAGCAGCAAGAUCAUGUCAAAUCCGUGGAAUAUCUGAGGAACAACUUCCGGCCCCAGCAGAAUCUGAAUGACAGGGUGGUAUCUAAGUCUGCCGUCAAAGAUGCCUGGAGUCAUGACAUGACCGACUUGGAAAAUCCUCUGGGAACAGAAGCCUCCAAAGUUUGUAGCACUCCACCGGUCAACAUGAAAGUUCAUCCAGUAAAUCGGACAGCCUUACUGGUGACCUGGAGCCAGCCGGAGACCAUCUACCACCCUCCACUUAUGAAUUAUAUGAUCUCCUACAGCUGGACAAAAAACGAGGAUGAAAAGGAAAAGACAUUUACCAAGGAUAGCGACAAAGACUUGAAAGCCAUCAUUAGCCAUGUUUCACCCGAUAGCCUUUAUCUCUUCAGAGUUCAGGCUAUAUGCAGAAAUGACAUGCGCAGCGAUUUUAGCCAAACAAUGUUGUUUCAAGCCAAUACCACUCGAAUAUUCCAAGGGACCCGAAUUGUUAAAACUGGAGUGCCUACAGCUUCUCCCGCUUCCUCUGCCGACAUGGCCCCCAUCAGCUCCGGCUCUUCCACUUGGACGUCCUCGGGCAUCCCCUUCUCCUUCGUGUCGAUGGCCACCGGGAUGGGUCCGUCCUCGAGCGGGAGCCAGGCGACGGUGGCCUCGGUGGUGACCAGCACGCUGCUGGCCGGCCUCGGCUUCAGCGGCGGCGGCAUCUCCUCCUUCCCCAGCACCGUGUGGCCCACCCGCCUCCCGACCGCGGCUUCGGCCAGCAAACAGUCGGCCCGAGCUGUGGUGGCCACCACGGAGGCUUUGUCUUCUCCGGCCCCCGAGGGCGACUCGGCCCUGACCAAGGACGGCGAAGGCGCCGAGGAGGGAGAGAAGGACGAGAAGAGCGAGAGCGAGGACGGCGAAAGGGAGCACGAGGAGGAGGGAGAGAAGGACGCCGAAAAGAAGGAAAAGAGCGGCGUGACGCACAGCACCGAGGUCCAGAACAGAACCGAGCCCACCCUGGGGCCGGCCGCUCCGGACCGGACUGUAGAGGAGGACCAAAAUGAAACUAGAGCUGGCCCAGAGCCAGAGCCCAGCGUCCUCCCUACAGAGCCGGGUGGCGAGAGAAGGGAGACGGCCGCAGAGCCCAGCGCGGAGCCCGUCGCCUCCACCCAAGUGCCCUCCACGGUCACGGGCCCACAGGACGCGGGAGGCGCUCCGAGGAGACCGGAGACGCCGUCCAAAAAGCCGAGCUCCAGGGGGGACCGAUUCCCGGAUGAUAAAUUCAUCACUGUGAAUCCAGACAAGAACACCUCUAGCAUGGUGACCCGAGCUUCUGCUGGGAGAAUGGACUGGAUCAUCCCCCUGAUCGUGGUAUCUGCUCUGACCUUCGUGUGCCUCAUUCUUCUUAUUGCUGUGCUAGUAUACUGGAGAGGGUGUAACAAAAUAAAGUCCAAGGGCUCUCCCAGACGUUUCCGUGAAGUGCCUUCUUCUGGGGAGAGAGGAGAGAAGGGGAGCAGAAAGUGUUUCCAAACGGCUCAUUUUUAUGUGGAAGAUAGCAGCUCCCCUCGGGUGGUCCCUAAUGAGAGCAUUCCUAUCAUCCCUAUUCCAGAUGACAUGGAAGCUAUUCCUGUCAAGCAGUUUGUUAAACAUAUCAGUGAGCUCUAUUCUAAUAACCAGCAUGGAUUCUCAGAAGACUUUGAGGAAGUCCAACGUUGUACCGCUGAUAUGAACAUCACGGCCGAACAUUCCAAUCACCCAGAUAACAAGCACAAAAACAGAUACAUCAACAUUUUAGCAUAUGACCACAGUCGAGUGAAAUUAAGGCCUUUACCAGGAAAAGAUUCUAAGCACAGUGACUACAUUAAUGCAAACUAUGUUGACGGCUACAACAAAGCGAAAGCCUAUGUGGCCACACAGGGACCUCUCAAGUCGACAUUCGAAGAUUUCUGGAGAAUGGUUUGGGAGCAAAACACUGGAAUCAUCAUUAUGAUCACAAAUCUUGUGGAGAAAGGAAGGAGAAAAUGUGACCAGUACUGGCCAACAGAGAACAGUGAGGAAUAUGGAAACAUUAUCGUCACACUGAAGAGCACAAAGAUUCACGCCUGCUACACUGUCCGUCGUUUUUCAGUCAGAAAUACUAAAGUGAAAAAGGGCCAGAAGGGAAACCCUAAAGGUCGCCAGAAUGAAAGAAUUGUGAUCCAGUAUCACUACACCCAGUGGCCUGACAUGGGAGUGCCAGAAUAUGCCCUCCCCGUGCUGACCUUCGUCAGGAGGUCGUCAGCAGCCAGGACGCCAGACAUGGGGCCCGUGCUCGUCCACUGCAGCGCCGGAGUGGGCAGGACGGGCACCUACAUCGUCAUAGACAGCAUGUUGCAGCAGAUCAAAGACAAAAGCACAGUUAACGUCCUGGGAUUCUUGAAACACAUCAGGACGCAGCGGAACUACCUCGUCCAGACGGAGGAGCAGUACAUUUUUAUUCAUGAUGCCUUGUUGGAAGCCAUUCUGGGAAAGGAGACAGAAGUCGCCUCCAAUCAGCUGCAUAGCUACGUCAACAGUAUACUCAUCCCUGGUGUGGGAGGGAAGACACGUCUAGAAAAACAGUUCAAGCUGGUCACACAAUGUAAUGCAAAGUACGUUGAGUGUUUUAGUGCCCAGAAAGAAUGCAAUAAGGAGAAGAACAGAAACUCAUCCGUCGUGCCAGCUGAACGUGCUAGAGUGGGCCUUGCACCCUUGCCUGGAAUGAAAGGAACGGAUUACAUAAAUGCGUCCUAUAUCAUGGGCUACCAUAGGAGCAACGAAUACAUCAUAACCCAGCAUCCUCUGCCACACACCACGAAAGACUUCUGGCGGAUGAUUUGGGAUCAUAACGCACAGAUCAUUGUCAUGUUGCCAGACAACCAGAGCCUGGCAGAAGAUGAGUUUGUGUAUUGGCCAAGUCGAGAAGAAUCUAUGAACUGUGAGGCCUUUACUGUGACCCUCAUUAGCAAAGACAGAUUGUGCCUCUCUAAUGAAGAGCAAAUCAUCAUCCAUGACUUUAUCCUCGAAGCCACACAGGAUGACUACGUCCUAGAAGUCCGGCACUUUCAGUGUCCCAAGUGGCCCAAUCCAGAUGCCCCUAUAAGCAGUACUUUUGAACUCAUCAACGUCAUCAAAGAAGAGGCCUUAACAAGGGAUGGGCCCACCAUUGUUCAUGAUGAGUAUGGAGCGGUUUCAGCGGGAAUGCUCUGUGCUCUCACCACACUGUCCCAGCAGCUGGAGAAUGAAAAUGCUGUGGAUGUGUUCCAGGUAGCAAAGAUGAUCAAUCUCAUGCGGCCUGGAGUCUUCACAGACAUCGAACAGUACCAGUUUGUCUACAAAGCAAUGCUCAGCCUGGUCAGCACUAAAGAAAAUGGAAACGGUCCCAUGACUGUGGACAAAAACGGCGCCAUUCUGAUCGCCGACGAAUCAGACCCUGCCGAGAGCAUGGAGUCUCUCGUGUAAUUGGAACCCUGAAAAGGCACUUGAUUUGUAGAACGCAGGAAGACUGAGAGAACUUUUUUGAGGCCUUUUUUGCCAGACUCUAGGUUAUACAAUAACCCAGUUACUUUUUUACACUGAUAAAAAGUUUUGAUAUUUAUUUUUUGCCAUUUUAUGUCUUAAUGGUAUCCUACUGAGCAUUUGCACCUCUGUUUAUUUCACACAGUGAAACACAAUUUUAUCUAGUUUGCACUAUCUGAUCAGUGUUACUGCCUAUAAUAUCCAAAUACAAAAAGUGACCCCUGGUCUGACAUUCCAUGGCAACCUGAUGCUACUUUUAGUUCCAUGCAGUGACGGUUUUUGUUGAUGACGGUGAGCCUUGAGUUGUUGAUUUGUGAAUGCUGAACCAGCCCCAUCCUUCCUCCUGGACUGCGCUGUCCUCGUCCCUGACCCCUCUCCCAGACUCUCCCCAUCACUUUGAUCGAUAUCGUAUGCCUUUCGUAGUUCAGUAGAGUGGAUGAACACUGUUGUUGUGUUGUUUCGUUUUGUUUUUUCAGACUUUAGCAGGGGAUGGGUAGCCACGUAGAGGAAUGAGGUGUCAUUGCCUCCUGAGCGUGAAAUGAUGCCGCUGGGAGAACUUGGAGGCAUGGUGGCUGCUUCAUGGGUCCAUCACUUACCGUUGGCAAAGUGUGGAAAGCCGCACAGGACACGGGCAGCUGGUUAUGGACUCCACUUCAGAAUUCACAGUUAUGUCCAAAUUAAGGCUAACAUUGCUUUCUGGUUUUCAUGGCAGCCAUGUGGAUCGAAAUGUUUGUUACAGUUGUUACUUACAUACAUCAUAAUGAUCUGAAUCAGCAACGCAGUAAAAUCAGGGCUGUCUUUAAAAAAAAUAGAGGUAGCAAAAUUUUACAUAACCGCGCUAUCAAGUUCCUUUAAUUCCUUUCCAUUAAUGCUUCUUGACCACGACAUCCUCCCCAGUGGGAUGUUGUUGAAUGAUGAACAUUUCCUUAAUCUCACUUGUUGCCAUUUUUGCAGGUGUGUAAUUUUGAAACGAGUGCUCAAAAGUAAAGUACUGAUCCAUAUUCCUGGUGAAGCAAUCUAAUAAAAACUACCUACCAAGUUAGCAUUCUCCUUCUUUUCUUGCCAAGCUUUUCACGACAAUUCUCUUAAUGAACAUACCCCCUUCCAAAUGAGAUAGGAUCUUUUUUUUUUCCUAUCACUUAAAGGUUCUAAGACUCAUUUUAUGAUGAAAACACUGGGUUGGCAAAAGAUGGGAACCUGGAAUUGGUUGUUGCAACUCCCACGUUUGAGGUUAGAAAUGAAUCUAUGAUCACCAUCUAUGUUUUCUAGGUGCAAAGGCAGACAUUGUACAGAAAACACACACACAAUCACAUGUGUGAAUGUGUACUUGCAUCUCAGGAACCAAGACUGAUAGUCUCAACCAUAGCCAAGAGAAGCUUAUUUUGUUUCACAAAUCAUGGACUGUGUGCCCAUUCUUUGGGACACAAUAGGAUUUUUGCCUUAAUGGGAAAAUGAAGAAAGUUGAGUUUAGUUAGUUCUAUACACCGUUAGGUGGGAAAACCCAAUUCUACUUGGGAAGAUCCAAUUGGUUUGAUUUGCGUGCACACUUAGAAUAGAGAGAGUGGCUCUCAGAAUGGGGAGCUGGCCUCAGAAGCACGGGGUCUAGUGAGAAUAAAUUUAACGUUUAGUAAAGCACUGACCCUACGAACAGGGCUAUCAAAAAACCACAUGGCCAGCAUUUGAGAAUAAUAAGUGAUAAUCAAACUCACAGCCAUUUCCAGUUUGGUUUCAUCCAAAGGCCAACAUCUCCAUGGGGAGACGCUUCAGAAAUAACAUGGCGAUGGGCUGAACUUUCCCAAGUGAAACAAAUGUUCAGUCAUGAUGAGGCACGCCUUCUCAUCUGACCAUCAUCUAAGCCUCCACAAGAACUCUCACUAUGCCAGGAUGGAGGUCUCUCCUAGACAGGCUUCCUUUAAGAGUAGAGUAGCGCUUACCUGUUCGGCAUAUGAGACAUUUUACCAUGCCUGGUCCUGCUGGGGAAGUGGGCAUUGGGAAAUCCCAACUAGUGGCGUGAGGAGGUUGGACCAUGGGAUGUUUUGCACUCUUUGCUGGAAAUCAGAGGUCCUAAAAAGGGCUGUAAAGAAGGAAGGGUCUCAAGAUCCAGAGAUCUGAGGCCAAUGAGGUAUUCCAUCAUUUGAGUUUUGUGCAUGUUUGCUUUAUGUGGGCUCCUGCCCAUUUUAGUGUUGCUUUAGUAGAGGAAGUCACAGUGGGAAAUGAAUGAGGGGAUCGCCUCUUCUUGGCUUUCCUCUUUACUCCUCCUCCCAUCCCUUUAUGAAAGAAUGUUAGGGUUAGAACUCAUUUCAUUUUCAGUGAUUGUAUUGGUAAAAAUGAAUGUUGGGUGUUGAUAGGAAAAAAUUACAUAGAAAGUAUUCAUUUCUGUGUUAUCUACUGAGGGCUCAAUUUGUGGAAAAUAACUUUCAUCUAAAUUUUGUUGACUUUGACCAUCUUUUACCUUGUGUCAAAAGACAGAGCUGGCAUAUGUGUGUGUGGGGGGGGGGGGCUAAAAACCAUUCUAAGGGGAGUACAGAAGUUCUUUGUGAAUGAUUCAUUCAUUCAUUCAUUCAUUCAUUCAUGCAGUAUCUAUAGCAGAAUUGAAUCAGUCUGCCAGAUCCCACCUAAUCCACUCUGAGUUACUACUCUUUGUCUUGCCAAAGUACUCAUAUGCUUUUUCAUGGGAACAUAGAGAGGACCAUCCAACUAUUUCCCUUUUCAACUGCUAAACACAUCCUCAUUACUCUUCUUCCUUUAAGGGAGGAAAUGACUUUACACUGUCUUCCCAGUGAGCAGAGAGUCUCAAAGAAUGCAUUCAAGUUCAUUCUUUGCGACAUAAGCCCAUGGCUUGACUGUAGAACAAGGUUAUUAUCACUUGCCGGGGGAAAGGAGAAAGCUAUUGCAAAUUCAUGCAUAUUAUCUAUAGGAGAAGCUCUUUUGGUGAAUUUUAGCCCUAAAGAAACAGUACACACCCAUCACACAAAACUGGAUUGGAAUGAUCAGACCAAAUGACCAUGGGUUCUGGACAUCAGAGAAGUGGGUCCUCAGCAUACCAGAAUAGUUUUCAUUUGAAAGUCACACUUCUCCUUUUCCAUUCAAAAAGGCUGGCUUUCCAGCAGGGUUUUGGAAAAAAAUGAUGUUAGUCGAGUUGAUUUUCCUGACUUAAGUCCUUUGGAGUCCACUCCAAGCAGCUGGAUCAGAGAGGGUUAUUUUCUUAGUGGUCCUGAUCAUGCGAGAUCUUAGCCCAGGCUGAUGGUUUGGAACCUGAAAAAUAACCUGAACUAUUUUUGAAAUGGCACAGCACAACUGCCCAGCUCAGAAUUUCUUUGCUUUUUUUUUUUAAACUGAUAUAUUUAAAAGUUAAAAUAGAGAUACCAGUUUUACCAAAGAUACAUAUUACUAAUUCUCAGCAAAAAAUAGAAAAUAAAACAACACAAACCCACCCUAAUUUAAGGAAGGAAAAUUGAAACAUAGUUUGUCUUAAAGAUUUAGCUGUCGUGCUUUUAAGAUGCAUUUCCAACUCCUGUGUUCUGAAGUUUCUAUUCCCUUGGUGCCAGUGAAUUUGUAUAUGAAGGGAAAAUGCCUGCUUUUUUUUUUCUUUAACAGCUGUAACUAGAUUUCUCGCUAAACUUUUGAAUUUGCCCUGAGUUGUCAUUCAACGUGAGACAUUGGCUUUGCUGAUCUCUAGAGAGAAGACAUGAAAAAAUUGAGAGAUGGAAUUGUAAUAAAGAUAUUUGGCCCUCGACUUUGUCUUAGCUGUUAAAAAGAAACUGUUUUUAGUAUUUUUGUUAAAUAUUUGCAAAGGGAAACAUUUUCUACAGAGGAUUAAUUAAUUUCAAGAAAAAUAUCUUGAGUUUUAAGAAUAAACAUGUCUCCAGAAGAGGAGACCAUCAAUUUUAUAAGCUGUCACAAUUCUCCCAACAUUUGGGGAAGUGACUCUUUUUGUUAAGACAUUUGAAACUAGCGAGCAGCCAUUGUUUCUAAAGAACUCGGCCUUCAUGUUGACUCACGUUUCUUUGACUUCGUUUUGAAAUAGCAGAAAUCAUUAAAACUGUAAAUAUUUUGUUGCUUGGAUAAGCAUCUUCUGGGAACUUUGUAUCUAUGGUAUAUAAUCAUAGAAUUUUAUAUUUUCAUAUAAAGCUGAUUUUUUUCUAGUUUCAACUCCUUCAUAGUUUUUUUCGUGGUGGAUAUGUGAAUACAACCUUUCUGUGUACUGAAAGUAGCACGGACCAUCAUCACAUUCCAAAAGAAUCCAACGCCAUGUUCUUUCUUUGGGGCAGUGAUUGUGAAAGUUGGAUUUCCUUUUUCAUUCCGUUGUCAGAGUGGGCAAUAGGAAUUAGGCCUAAUCAGUCAUUGAACACGUCUGUCGCAUUGGACCCAUUUUGGAAAAAGUGGUGUUUUGCUUCGGGGUUUUUUUUUUCCAUUUUGUUUUUGGGGUUUUUUUGUAACUUGAAGAAUUACCUUUUUUGUUCUGUUUAAAACUAUAUCAAAUCAUUCUAUGAUAGUGUUAUUUAAUAUGUAAAUUGUAUUGCUAUACAUAAAAUAAAGUAUGGUUUUUUGAUGUA